AUGCUUCCGGUGCCUCCAUUCCUUCGCCCGUCUCUCCCACCACCCCUCUCUGCAGGCCCACCACCCCAUCGCACUGGUCUACAACGAGCUGCAUCCACCCGCAGUGGAUCAAGAGCCCACCACCCCAUCGCGCUGGUCUACAACGAGCUGCACCCGCAGUGGAUCAAAAGCGUCACUUUCUUCGUGCGCUGGCGCCGCAGCCUCAGGUCCCUCGCGCUCACCUUCACGCACUUCAAGCAGCUCGACAAACUCCGCUCGCCGCUCAACCGGACCUUCGCCUCCCUCACCUCGCUCACUCUCAAGCUGCGCGGCUGUGUCGACAAAUCCUACCUGAAUGCUGAGUACCACCAAAUAGAGGACAUUCCCUGGACCCGCACCUUGGACUGCCCGGGUCUGCAGCGGCUGAAGCUCGGCCGGGGCAGGUGGAACCUGCAGCACGGCUGGGCUGAGGGGUUCAAGUCGCUGCGCAGUUUGACUCUCAAACACGUGGAUUGGGAUGGGAGCCCCGGUGGCGGCGGCACAUUCCGUUUCGACUUAUCGAAGGCUCAAACCGUCCGCUUUUACUUCCCCCAGAGCAGCCUCCAGCUCUUCCUGACCCUCUCUAGCUCGCUCGAGACCUUCUCAGCCAUGGCAAAGAGGCUCGUGCUCUCUUGCAAGAGCACCGAACCUCUUGCUCUCCAGCACCUCUCGCUGUACGGCCAGCAACAGCUUGUCAUCUCCUCCCUCCACCUCGCUUCCGUACAAGUGGCCUACCUCAACGGCCCUCCCAAAGACCUGCACUCCCACGAUGACCACCACUCUUAUGACCCCUACUCUUCCAACAUGGACUUGUAUGAAUUGCCGUCUGAACUUUCACCUGAACUUUCUCCUGACAGGCAGAGCAUGCACCGCCGCAGCUCUGCUGAGUUCUCCUGGGUUCAAUGGUUGGGCACUAUAGCGCCAACAGUGGAGGUGCUUAUAGUGAGGCAUGGGGUGCCUGUAGAGGGGGUUGACGCUGAGUGGAGCAGCCUGCGCAGCCUUGGGAUUGUCGUGGAGAGUGAGGAGCGGUCUGAGGUGGAUUUGAAGGUUGAGAAGCGUCGGGAUGAUGGUGAGAGGGAGGUUACAGUCGAGGAGUUUCAGGAGCGCGAUGGGAGGCUCUUGCAGCAGCAGCGGCAGCAGGAGCGUCAGCAGCAGCGGCAGGAGCAGCAGCUUUUGCAGCAGCGGGUUUUGCAGCUGCAGCAGCAGCAGCAGCAGUGGCAGCGGCAGCAGCAGCAGCAGCAGCAUCGGCAGCAGCAGCCGCAGCGGCAGCGGCAGCGGCAGCAGCAGCAGCAGCUUUUGCAGGAGCAGCAGGAGCAGCAGCAGCAGCAGCAGCAGCAGCUUUUGCAGGUUUUGCAGCAGCAGCAGCAGCAGCAGCAGGGGGAGGAGGAGGAGGAGGAGGAGCAGGAGGGGCAGCAGCAAGAUGUAAGGCCUCCGUUUAUCUUGGCUCCAAACUUGCGAUCAAUCUUCUUCCCCACCCGCACAUGCGAGCAGCAAACCCUUACUUCCCUCCGCGAAUUCUGUCCCUCUCUUGCCCUGUACUGCAUCUCACGUCGCUCGUUCUACUGGGAGAAGCAGAGGAAACAGUUGCCUGAGGCCCCCGUGGUGCACGUGAGGAAGGCGAGAAGCGGGGUGCCAUGCGCUUGCUUUGCAGAGAAGCGGCCGAAGCACUGUGACGUGCUGGUGCUGGUGGCGUGUGCAGAGGGGGUGCUGCUGGAUGGCAUGGGGCAGGGCAGCAGUGGGAGCAGUGGCAGCAGCGGUUGUAGCAGCGGUGGCGGGAGUAGGGCGUUUUAUGCGCCGGUGGUGACGCCGUUUGAGGCACUGAUGGCGCUGGAAGAAGGGCGGGAGUGGACGGGAGAGUACCGGAUGAUGCUGGAUGGUGCUGGGCGGCCAUGGAGGCGCGAUCUGGAUCGGAUUUUUGGCACUGCGCGUGACUAUAAGGGGCUGGAGGUGCCGUGGUUCAUGGCUCCUGGUGGGACGCCCGGGGAAGGGGGAGGGGAUGCAAGAGGGAGAGGGCAUGAGAGUAAGGGAGGGGAUGAGGGAGGAAGAGGGGAUGGGGGAGGGGUGGGUGCUUUCAUACCGAGAGUGGCUCCGGCGAUUGAUGCAGUGAGGGUGGUGGAGGGGAGGGAGGGCCGUGCUGCAGGGUACGUGGAUGAACCACAGAAGGGAUAG